CCCUCUCUCCUGGGCCUCAGCACAAGCCAGGCAUCUUGGGUAAUGUCAGAGAGGGAGCUGAGCUCCCUUGAGGAUGCAUAGAAGGCACCAUCCAUGAGGGACGAGCUCUCAAAGACAACAGAUCUGCCUUGAUCUCCAGCCUCCAGAACUGUAUCAGGAUGUUGGGCUGGGUCCACAAGGUGCUGCCUCAGCCCCCAGGAACCUCUCAGAAGACCAAGAUGCAGGAAGAGGAGGAAGAAGAAGCAGAGCCAGAGCUGGUGCUGGAGCUGGGGGCAGAACCAGAGGCUGAGCCUGAAGCCGCCCCAGGGGAGGCCGCCCCUGAGGGCGAGUUUGUGCCACCUGAAGAACCCACUCACAGGGAGCAAGUGGCUGUGGCGGAUGCUGGCCUUCAGGAGACCCAUGAAGCUGUCCCUCCUCCGCCCACAGCCCUCCAGGCCCAAGUCACAGUGGCUUCUGAUGUGAACAGCUCCAGCAGCUGGGUGCUGACCUGGCUCAGGAAGGGUGUGGAGAAGGUCGUUCCACAGCCUGCCUGCAGUGGCAGGAUGGCCCAGAAUGGUGCGGCUGACCCAGAGGCUCCAGCUCAGGAUGGAGCACAGUUUGUUGGGCCGUGUAGCACUGGGGACACAGGGAUUGCAGAUGGACCCAGUGGGGCCCUCAGAGCCCAGGAGGCUGGGUCUGGCCCAUGGCUGCUUAGGUGCCUUGAGCAGAAUCUGGAGAAAGUGCUGCCUCAGCCCCCAAAACUCCCUGAGGGUUGCAGAGCUGAACCUGCAGAUACUGUCUUGGGCCCAGAACCUCUGGGACCAACCCCGGAGAAGAAGCCCACCAACAGCCCCUCCCUGCCCAGUCCUGGCUCCCUGGAGCCUGAGGUGGAGCCAACAGCAGAGCCUCAGCCCAGCUUCCAGGCCUCCUCCCUGACACCACCCAGGGACCCUGCCAGCAGGUUGAUAGCGUGGCUCCUGCACAGGCUGGAGAGGGCCCUGCCGCAGCCAGUGCUCCAUGGGAAGGCUGGGGAACAGGAGCCGGGGUUCCCUGAGACCACGUGCGAUGUGCAGACCAUCAGCAUCCUUCCCAUGGAGCAGAUGGAGUCUGAUCUCGUCCUUGAAGAGGUUGACCCUCACUGGGAGGGCACCGAGCAGGACAGCAGCACCAGCCCACAGGGGACAGAGGCAGCUCUGGUGUACGAGGAAGAGAAUGAGGCUGUGGUAGAGAUGACCAGGGAGCUGUCCCUGAUUCAAGAGGAAAAAGAAGAGGAGGAGGAUGGCGAGGAGGAGGAGGAGGAAGAAGAGGAAGAGCAGGGGCUUGACCCUCUGGGUCCCAGUGUCCUGCUGGAUAGCUGUUUGGUGGCACAAGCAGGUGUGGGCCAGAGUGACAUAGGCAAAACCCAGUGCCAGAAGGCCUCGCUGCAGGAGCUGCGGGGGGAGGAGGAGGAGGCUGUGGCUGUGUGCUCAGCAGUCACACCUCUGCCUGCGACCUUCUGGCCCCAGAACUAUGACUCACCCAGGCCGAGACAUGGAGCUGAACCACCUGGUCCGGGACCAGCCACCUGGCCAGGUGGCCCCCAGGCUUGCCCCCCAAAACCUGGCAGAGCACUCCCCAAUGUGCCCAGCUACCGCCCUCCAGUCACUCGCAUCCCUGUCCUCGUCUCUCGGAGAACAGCUCUGUCCAACUCCAACUUCGCCAAGGAGACCAGGACCUCCAUCCGUCGCCUAGUGCCUGCCACAGAAGAGCACCCUGAAGUGCAGGUGGAAGACACGGAUGCCGACAGCCGUCCCCUCAUGGAGGAGGAGAAGCCACCCUCGCCUGGGCGGCCAGCACCUUCGCCUACCACAUCCGUCACACUUGCUGUCCCAGGCUCAGCUUCAGGGCCCCGCAGGAAGAAGCUGCCUUCACAGGAUGAUGAGGCUGAAGAGCUCAAGGUGCUGUCACCAGCCGAGUCCCCAGUGGUCACCUGGUCGGACCCUACCACCCCUCAGGAGGCUGCUGACCAGGACCGCGCAGCCUCCACGGCCAGCCAGAACAGCGCCAUCAUCAAUGACCGGCUCCAGGAGCUGGUGAAACUCUUCAAGGAGCGGACAGAGAAGGUGAAGGAGAAGCUCAUCGACCCUGAUGUUACCUCUGACGAGGAUAGUCCUAAGCCCUCCCCAGCCAAGAAAGCCCCUGAGCCAGCCCCAGUCUCGAAGCCCACUGAGGUGGAGCAGGCGGAGGAGGAACACUACUGCGACAUGCUCUGUUGCAAGUUCAAGCGCCGGCCCUGGAAGAAGUACCAGUUCCCUCAGAGCAUCGACCCCCUGACCAAUCUCAUGUACAUCCUGUGGCUGUUCUUCGUGGUGCUGGCCUGGAACUGGAACUGCUGGCUGAUUCCCGUGCGCUGGGCUUUCCCCUACCAGACGCCCAGCAACAUCCACCUGUGGCUGCUGAUGGACUACCUGUGCGACCUCGUCUACAUCCUGGACAUCACCGUCUUCCAGAUCCGACUGCAGUUCGUCAGAGGCGGGGACAUCAUUACACAUAAGAAGGAUAUGCGAAAUAACUACCUGAAGUCUCGCCGAUUUAAGAUGGAUGUGGUCUGCCUCCUCCCCUUGGAUUUCCUCUACUUGAAAUUCGGCAUGAACCCCCUCCUCCGCCUGCCCCGCUGUUUAAAGUACAUGGCCUUCUUCGAGUUUAACAACCGCCUGGAAGCCAUCCUCAGCAAAGCCUACGUUUACAGGGUCAUCAGGACCACAGCCUACCUGCUGUACAGCUUGCACCUGAACUCAUGUCUCUACUACUGGGCGUCAGCCUUUCAGGGCAUCGGCUCCACUCACUGGGUUUACGAUGGUGUGGGAAAUGGUUACAUUCGCUGCUACUACUGGGCUGUGAAGACCCUCAUCACCAUCGGGGGGCUGCCCGACCCCCAGACGCUCUUUGAAAUUGUCUUCCAGCUGUUGAACUAUUUCACGGGUGUCUUCGCUUUCUCUGUGAUGAUUGGACAGAUGAGAGAUGUGGUAGGGGCGGCCACUGCGGGACAGACCUACUAUCGCAGCUGCAUGGACAGCACAGUGAAGUACAUGAACUUCUACAAGAUCCCCAGGUCUGUACAGAACCGCGUCAAGACCUGGUAUGAGUACACCUGGCACUCCCAAGGCAUGCUGGAUGAGUCAGAGUUGAUGGUGCAGCUUCCGGACAAGAUGCGGCUGGACCUUGCCAUCGACGUGAACUAUGACAUCGUUAGCAAGGUGGCGCUCUUUCAGGGCUGUGACCGGCAGAUGAUCUUCGACAUGCUGAAGCGCUUGCGCUCCGUGGUCUACCUGCCCAAUGACUACGUGUGCAAGAAGGGGGAGAUUGGCCGCGAGAUGUACAUCAUCCAGGCAGGCCAGGUGCAGGUCCUGGGGGGCCCUGAUGGCAAGGCGGUGCUGGUGACACUGAAAGCCGGGUCCGUGUUUGGAGAGAUAAGCCUGCUGGCCAUUGGGGGUGGGAAUCGGCGCACUGCCAAUGUGGUGGCACACGGCUUCACCAACCUCUUCAUUCUGGAUAAGAAGGACUUGAACGAAAUUUUGGUGCAUUAUCCCGAGUCUCAGAAGUUACUCCGGAAGAAGGCCAGGCGCAUGCUGAGGAACAACAACAAGCCCAAGGAGGAGAAGAGCGUGCUCAUCCUGCCGCCACGGGCGGGCACCCCCAAGCUCUUCAAUGCGGCCCUGGCUGCAGCAGGGAAGAUGGGCAAGAGGGGCAAAGGCGGCAAGCUUGCCCACCUCCGGGCCCGACUCAAGGAACUGGCUGCGCUGGAGGCGGCUGCCAGGCAGCAGCAGUUGCUGGAGCAGGCCAAGAGCGCACAGGAAGCUGCAGCGGGGUCCGCCCCGGACCAGCCCGCGCCCCAGGAGUCCCAGGAGCCCCUCCCGAGCCCGAGCCCCGCCCCAGAGCCCGGCGAGCAGACGCUGUCACUGGUGAGGCCGGAGGAGAAGGAGGCAGCCCCGCAGUAAGGGCCCCGGGCACCGGCGGUUCCCACCCAGCCUGCCUCUGCCCAGAGCGCCUCCUGGCGGGCUUCGUGUUGGAAUCCACACCUUCCUUCCAAAGUCAGGGUCCCGGAGCUCCCAGUCUCCCUGGAGGACCCCAGCUCCCCGGGAAGGUUGCUAUUUUUAAAAACAAAAAAUCACUUUCUACUUUUAAAAUUCAUAGUCAGGGAGACAGACUGGGGGCUCUGUUGCAGGAGCUGUGGGCUUGGGUCCAGGAGGGGCCCGCAGGAGUCGGCUCCCUGUUGCAAGAACAGAAAGCAAAUAGUUCUGCUGAAGACAGCUGUUCUGCCAGUGGCAGUUCCACCUGAGCAUGGGACAUCGUCAUCCUUGGCUGGCAGUCGCACUGUGAGGGACUCGAGGCUCCUAGGGUAGCUGGCGCUUAGCUUUCCCUCACUCCUGUCCGCUCAGCCCCACACCAUCCUCUCAGAACAGUUAGAAUAGAAAUGCGUGUACUAGCAAGGGGCUGCAGCUGUUGGAGGCAACAGGACAGCCCUGUAGAAGUGUCUCUGGCUUGUCACCUUGGAAAGCCCCCUGUAUUGCCAGCAGGGAUCAGGCUGUCACUUGCUUUUGACAGCUUUGCUAGUGAGGUGGUGGCAACAGCUUUGAUCAAUCCUGGAAAAUGAAAUCUCACAGAUGUGACACCAUUUAAACUCUCUAAAGUCUCUCCAGACCGCAUUUUUAUGAUUAAAAAAGUGGGGGAGAAAGCCACAUUCAGGCCAUGAAAAUAUAUUGAGAGGGUUUUAUUUGCAUACCGAAUGGCUCUUAGGGGAGGGAAUGAUCAAAGAUGAAAACCAGCAUUGAGACAUUUGUUCCUAUCGGCAGGAAGGAACCCAAAGGGCCCGGAGCUCCAGGAGGGCCUGGAGUGUGGAGAGCUGCUCAAGUGACAUCCAAGGGCUUGCAGCUCUGUGUAUUAGCCCAUCAGUUUAAGAGAACAUUCAUUUCCAGGGUGAAAAAAAUUAAACAAUUUGGGAGUUCCCAUGUUGAGCUAAGCGAUUCCAAAUCCCAGAGUGAUGAAAAGAUUUGUCCAGUUGAUGCCAGAUCAUUUGGUCUAGGAACUUAAAUGUCAUGAUGAUCCACAUUAUUAUUUUACUCUAAAGUUUUUGUUAAUUUAGUAUAACAAGUAAUAACAUAUUUAUAUGGGUUCAGGAGGAUACUCAUUAAGAACUCUCUACCCUCCCCAUCCUUCUUGUCCAAACUCCCUGGACUCCUCCCUGGCAGCAAGCAGGGCCAGAAGAUUCUUCUGUAUCCUUUCAGAGAGAUUUUAUGUGUAUACAAGGAAUACAUAUAAUCCUUCUUCCUUCCUUAUUUAUUUAUUUUUUGAGACUGGUUCUCACUGUGUUGCCCAAGGCUGGGUGAACUCCUGGGUUCAACUGAUCUUCCUGCCUCACAGCCUCCCUAGUAGGUGGGACUCCAGGUACAUACCACUGUGCCUGGCCUUUGUUUUGUAACAGAAGUUGUAACAUAUACUAGAGCCACCGUUAUUUUCCACUUAGUUUAUUUUGGGAGUUACUGUAUUCCCUGCUAGUACUUAAAGAGUAUGUUUCUGUGUUCCUAAUUGUAAUCCAGCCUAUUCUAUCAUGACAUUUAAACCACUCUCCCACUGAUGGGCAUUUGGCUGUUCCCAAUCUUGUGCUAUUAAAAAUGAUGCUGCAAGCUGGAUGUAGUGGCACAUGUCUGAUAUCCCAGCACUCGGGAGACUGAGGCAGGAGGAUCACUGUGAG